AUGCCCCGCACUUGGUGCGCCCUCCGCGGACCGGGCGACCUAGUGUGCAGCAAGAGCGGUGCUCUCUGUCCCGCUGACCCCGCGCCGAGCCCGGGCGGCUCGUGCCGCGGCCGCACACCGCGCCACGCGUCAAGAGCGCAGGCCCCGAAGGCCCGCAGCACUGACAGCAUGAGCCGUACGGCCUACACUGUGGGAGCCCUGCUUCUCCUCUUGGGGACCCUGCUGCCGGCUGCUGAAGGGAAAAAGAAGGGGUCCCAAGGGGCCAUCCCCCCGCCAGACAAGGCCCAGCACAAUGACUCGGAGCAGACUCAGUCUCCCCAGCAGCCUGGCUCCAGGAACCGGGGGCGGGGCCAGGGGCGGGGCACUACCGUGCCCGGGGAGGAAGUGCUGGAGUCCAGCCAGGAGGCCCUGCAUGUGACCGAGCGCAAAUACCUGAAGCGAGACUGGUGCAAAACCCAGCCGCUGAAGCAGACCAUCCACGAGGAGGGCUGCAACAGCCGCACCAUCAUCAACCGUUUCUGCUACGGCCAGUGCAACUCCUUCUAUAUCCCCAGGCACAUCCGGAAGGAGGAAGGCUCUUUUCAGUCUUGUUCCUUCUGCAAGCCCAAGAAGUUCACCACCAUGAUGGUCACGCUCAACUGCCCCGAACUACAGCCGCCCACCAAGAAGAAGAGGGUCACUCGUGUCAAGCAGUGUCGUUGCAUAUCCAUCGAUUUGGAUUAA